CUAAGUUUAGAAGAUCGGCGCCUACUGUUGCGGAGGGAUCUGUUGUAACUCGUAGAUGAAUCGCUCUUCCGUUUCUGGCAUGUCAUGUUCGCUUCGAGCUGCUGCAUUUCGGAAACCGAGGACUUCGACACUUGGACUAACAAGUUUCUCAUGGUGAAUAGACAACAUUCCUCCAUCACGCUUGUCUGUGCUAAAAAUAAUAAUUGGUCAGAAGAUCAACAGUUCCUGGGUGAGACAAUCCUCACAUACAUGGAGUUCCAGCUGGACAGUGGAGAGUAUUGCCAGGCUCAGCACAAAUAAACUGUCAUCGUCCUAGUUAAAUCGCUCCUCAGGCAGACAGGCAGGCUCCGGACUUUUCUCCGUUGUUCUGCCCCAUUCCACAAGGUCCAGAGAAAUUGGCUAUUGAGAAACCGCACCGGGCAGUGCUAUCUGGUGAGCCCUACAGGAAGAAAACUCACCUUUGUUCAAAGUCUCUUGAAUGGGCUGAAAACUGACGUCUAUGAUAUAGCUCUGUCGUUGGAGUUCGAGCAAGGUGUUACCAGGUUGGAUUGGUUAGGAUUGACAUGGGAGUAUUUCGAUAUUAGGUUUAACAUCCAGGUUAGGGAGUUGACCUCAAGAAAAGAAGAAGAAAGUGGAGGUAAGGGAUCCCUGGCGGAGGAAAACAGAGUGUGGCUUAUUUUCCGGGCCCAUCAGGUCGCCAAAUUCGGUGCGAGUUUUGUUUUAAUAUCGUGAAAAUAGUGCGUGAAUUUUUAUUAUACAUAAUAUAUACAUACAUACAUAUAUAUAUACAUAUAUACACAUAAGUUUGUGUUGUGUGACUGCCUCUGUCUUGCAGAUUUGGUAGUUCCCAAAUUCCUGGCCUUUGGGUGAAAAAAAAUGUUAUAGAAUUUUCAGUAAACAUUUUAGAUUUGAGUUUCAUCUGAUGGUCAGUAUUGAUUUGAACUCUUCAAACUAUACCCUUUGCCAGCCAAAUAUUUUUUUUUAAAAAGUACCAAUAUAUUUUAUUUUUAAAUAAACAGUUUUGUUAUAUGUAGUGCUGUGCUAAAGUGUGAGUGAGUUUAAAGUGAAAAUAACUCUAAUUUUAGUUCUGUUUCUCUGUUUUCUUUGCUAGUUUAUUUGGUCAGCCCCACGAUUCUUGCAUAUCAAGAAAUAUAGACACGGUAUGGUUUUUUAAGUUCUUCAGUCAAGCCAAACAUAUGUGAUAGAUCUGAAAUAUUUUUUUCCUGCAUAAGACGUCACUGGUAACUCAUCUCAUAAGAUAUUUUUUGGUUCUCUGACAAGUUGGACUAAUAACACGUCACCUGACAAGACUUGUUUAGUUUUUGGCUUGACAGUCGACAGUGUUUACCUGUUUUAUCUUCCAAGUGUGUCAAAAACAUGCAAAUCCUACAUUAAGGGCAUCAAACAGUUACCUUCCUGUUUUACUUGUUUUGAAAAGGGACUGGAGUACCUUUUUCUUUUGCCAUACUUCCCUCGAGUCUUCUGGUCGAGCAGUAUUGCCAACUUGAUCAUCCAACACUGCUGCAAGUGAAUACGAGUGUUCAGUUUUUUAUAAAUAUAUAUAUAUAUUUUUUUUUACUUUUCGUCACUGUGAAAUGUCAGUGAGUACCACAAACAUGCGUCUCAAAGAUAUCCGGCCCGCUCCUUGUGAGAUUGAGUAUAAGAACAUGAAAUUCCUCAUCACAGAUCGGCCCACCGACCAGAGCAUCCACACCUACAUUCAGGAGCUGAAGAAGCAUAAAGUGAGAGACGUGGUCAGAGUCUGUGAACCGAGCUACAAAAUUGAGGAGCUCAAGAAUGAAGGCAUCAAUGUGACAGACCUCGAAUUUGAUGAUGGAACACCUCCACCUGUUCAGAUAGUUGAAGAGUGGUUUGAGUUACUGAAGAAGAGGUUCCGUGAAAACCCUGAUUCCUGCGUAGCUGUGCAUUGUGUAGCUGGUCUGGGUCGGGCCCCUGUCAUGGUGGCACUUGCACUAAUCGAGCUUGGAAUGAAAUAUGAAGAUGCAGUGGACUUCAUUAGGCAGAAGAGACGUGGUGCCAUCAACGCAAAACAGCUGGCUUACCUCGAGAAAUACCGUCCUAAGUCUCGCCUUAAACUUAAGAAUGGCCACAAAAAUGCUUGCUGCCUCCAGUGAGCCAUGACAGACCAGUGCUGUAUCCAUCACAUUAGGUUCUCUUAUUUCAAUAGGCAGAGGAAAGAUGUUGCUUUGUUUUGUUUGGGUCAUCAGUGACUUUUAAUUGCUUGUACUGAGUAACUGUUGACUGAAUAGACAAUCUCCCCUUUUCAGACACACUUGACCUAAGUAAUUUAGGGUGUCUGUAAUAAAUUUUUAUUGGCUUCUGCUUUUAUUCUUUUCAAAUUCAAAAUUGUAUACAAUUGUAGAAAAUGUUUCUACAGAAACUUUGCUUUGGAUUUAGGAAUGGUAUUAUGAGACUGAAUUAGGAGCAUUUUCAUAAUUUGAUUGCAGUUCUCAUGCACCAUAAAAUGAGUGUUUUAAAUUGGAUUUUAAUGACAGGUGUAUGCAGUUUGUGGUAUAGCAUUGAAGUUGAUACAUAAGAGGGGGACUAUGAAGAACAGGAUGUUUGUCUGCAUGAUGCCAAGCUACUUGUAAAUACUUUCGUGAUCGAAGCACUGCCGAAAACGUAUCAGGUUUUGUACAGUAAUGAAACACUGUGUUCACAAAGAAAAAAAUAUAUAUAUACGGAGUCCUAAAAAAUUAAAUUAGCAUAAAUUUUUAAGUAGUGCUGUGUCUGCAUAUUGAUUUCUCAUGUUGAUUUGCAGCUCAAAGCAAAACACAGAAGAUAGAGGGUAAAAAUCUACAUCAGAUAAUCAAAAUUGUAAUUUUCUAUUCAAACUGUAAAAUAAAAUUAGAAAAAAGAUCAUAUUAUUUCAAAAAUUUUUUUUACUUGGCAGUUUCGGCAGCUUUGAGCUGGGAGCGGAAAUGAUGGAUCACCCAAGUCUUAUAUCUCUAGAUACCUAUAAACAACGCAGUUAGGCGUAUUUAUAUAUGGUAUGUGAUGUUAGAAUAUUCCUGUCUUUAUUUUAAUUUUAUUUUCAAUCUGUAUAGGUUAUCACAAACUUCUUCGUAGUAGCAGUUGAAAGAACAUGGUUAUUUUCUGUGUCAUGCUCUAAAUUUGUUUAUCUAGGAUAAUGAUUUUGUGUAUAUUAGAUCUGUAUAUGUCCUUUUUGUUAACUUAGAAAUCACAGGAUUUUGAGUCUUUGAGAACACAUUGACUGGUAUAAAUUUAAUAAAACUGUGUUUCUUUUUGUUAAAGUUGGAAAAUAUCUUGCUGAUAACCUGGGAGCCUGUCCAAAAAUAUUUUUGAAUCAUUAAAUCUUGGACGUGUGAGUAAUCUUGUGGGUAUAUAUGAGUGAGAAAUUUUAUGUGUACAGUGAGCGAUCAUACCUAAGGGAAUUAAACAAAAUAUAUAUGAUUGAUGGUCCUUUAAUAUGGUAUAUAUUUGAAUAAUUUCACAUUGCAUUGUGAUGACUGUCAUACUAAUAUUAACUUGGAAACCCUAUGUAAUACUCAUUUGGGGGAGAUGUUUAAGGAAUGAGGACUCCUUCAUAUUCAGCAGUUAAUAAAUUAUAUGAAAUUAGUCCCCUUAUUUUUGUGAAUAGAAUGAGGGAAAUUAUCACAGAUUAAGUUCCUUGUAUCUGGGUUAACCUGAAGAAUUUUAAUAUUUAUGUUACUUUAAGAUAAACCUUUGAAGUAGAGGGAAUGUCCUCAGUAAACAUUCGUUUUUAUUUCUUUUUAUCUUAAUAAUGCUGGUAUGUGCUAGUAACAUUAAACAGGCUCCUUAAAUGUGAAAUUGAAAUGUGUUCAUAAACAGUCCAAGAUCUUUGAAAAAUUUAAAAUUUGUAUGAAAAGAUAAGAAUUUUAAUGAAGUUUUAAAAGUCUGGAAAGUUGUAGUUGUACAUGUGUAAUGUCUAUAUUGCAGCCAGACCAUAACAGUAAUUCCCAGAGCUUUGCUUAGAACAAAAAUUUAUUAAUUUUUUCCCCAUCACAUUGAAAUUGUUUGUUGUUUCACACUUGAAUGUAACAGACUUUUUAAAGAAUGUAAGGAUGGUAAAGUGCAGUAACUGAAUUUGUCUUCUGCCAAAAAAGAAAUUAAUAAACUGAUUUCCUGGAAUGCUC